CGCUUGCGUGGUUUGACGGAGGAGGCCAGCACCAGGGUCCAGGACGAGAGACUGCGCCGGCGUAACCUGACCUCCGGAGCGGGGACGAGGGGAAACUGCGCUUGCGUAUUCUCUGCGGCCCCGCCCCAUUUGCCUUGCUCAACUUGCUCAAGCCCAUCCAGCGGUCCGCUGGGCCCAGCCCAAGGCAGGGCAGGUCUCUGGUGGGCCGAGAGUUUGGAGAAAGAGAUCUGGGAAGUGGAGCUCUAGAAGCAUGGAGACAGUAAGUGGCCAUGGUCCCUGCCUCCGCCUCUUCACUUCAAGCCUUCAUUUUCUGUGUGCCUGGCUUCAGAUACUGUAGUUUUGAUUUCUGGUUGACCUGAUGAGAGGAUGGAGUAGGUGUCCUGGAGUGUACAAAUCUGAGCUUUCUUUUUGGAGACCUAGUACCUAACUGAGCCAGAGUUUCUUUUCUAAGGGACCCCCAAGUGGCUCUUCAACAGUACUCUGUCUUUGACUGCUAACAGAUUUGCAAAAGGAGUGUGUGUGUGCCUGCAAGAUGAUGGGGCUCCUGUCUUGGAGAAGAGAAAGAAGUCUGUGCUGCAUGUAUUGGUGCAUACACCAAGAAGUACUUGUUCAUAGCACUCCUGGAGAACAGCACUCAUGCCUUGUGACAGUGUGCUUUUGUGAGCUACAUACUCGGCUUUCCAGUGACGUUCACGGUUAGCCAUAUUAAACAUCCUAGAGAUGGGACUGUGAAAAAGUGAAUAAACUCUACUUUGGGGGUCACUAUAACCAGUGGGCAUUAUAACCAGUUUAUUUACCUAAAAUGUCAGAAUGAUGAAGCAGCCAGGAUAAUUAUGGUUGGUCAUGGAGGAUAAGCAGGAAACUUGUCCCAAGGGGGACAGUGAUUUUGUUUCUGACAAAGUAAAUUUCAAAGUAGAAGAGGAAGAUGAUGACCAAAUUCCUUGUCACAGUUUGGAAAGAGUGGACUUUAAAAGUGAGCCAGAGGAUAUGAGACAGACAGACAGUGGUGAUGAGCAGGCAGACCUCAGGGCAGCAAGCUGUGCCUGUCAGCCUCCUGGGAAAUUCUUACCCGCUGAGAGUGAGGAUGACUAUGGCACACUCUUCUCCCAGUAUAGCAGCACACUGUACAACGUAGCCAUGGAAGCCGUGACCCAGAGCCUUCUUUCUGGCCGACACAUAAACUCCAGGAAGAAGUCUCCAGCUUGGAAGCAUUUCUUUAUCUCUCCUCGAGAUAGCACUAAAGCAAUAUGCACAUACUGUAUGAAAGAGUUCAGUAGGGGCAAAAAUGAAAAAGACUUGAGUACCAGUUGCCUCAUGAGACAUGUGAGGCGGGCACAUCCCACCAAGCUCAUUCAAGAAAACGGAAGUCUGUCAGUAGGGUCCUCCUUUCCCUCUCCCUCUCUUCUGCUUCCACCACAGCCUGCAGAUGUGGGAGAUCUCAGCACUGUGCUCUCACCUGUCAGACUUGUCCAGAAAAUGGCUCCCAAGAUCCCAUCCCCUGACCAAAUAAUGGAAGAGUCUGUGACUGUGGUCUCUUCUGAAGAGGUGUCCUCUGAUGUGUCUCUCACUGAAAAGUAUAGCAGAGAAGAGGCCUUGGCAGGCUCAUCCCCCAACUUCUCCAUGCUCCACUAUGAUGACACUUCAGAAAGCAUGGCAGAGAGAAACCUGUGCCUUCCCAAAAGCACAUCUGGCUCCAGGAGGAGGUCUGCCGUCUGGAAGCACUUCUACCUGUCACCCCUUGAUAGCUCCAAGGCUGUGUGUGUCCACUGUAUGAAUGAGUUCAGCAGGGGCAAGAACGGGAAGGACCUGGGCACAAGCUGCCUCAUCAGGCACAUGUGGAGAGCACACCGGUCCAUUGUACUACAGGAGAAUGGGGGCAGCACAGGCAUCCCACCAUUGUACCCUAUGCCCCCAACCCUGCUGCCUGCCCUGCUGCCCCCAGAGGGAGAUCUCAACUCUGCAUCGUUGUCUCCAGGCAAACAAGUCAAAGAGUGCCCUUCUGCCUCCUCAUCCCCAGACAGGCUGCCUGAGGACCUGUCAUCACGCACAAAUCCUGGUGAUGUGUCCCGGGAAGAUGUGUCUAUGUUGUCAUCCUCUGAUGACUUGGGGGAAGCCUCUGUAGUGUCCUCUCCAGAGAAGCAGCCAGCAGAUACAGCAAGUCCAAGGUUUGAGUCAGGUACUGUCUUCCAGCAAAAUAAGAAGGUCAUGAGAAGGCUGAAGUCAGAAGUCUGGCAUCACUUUUCCCUGGCUCCCAUGGACAGUCUCAAAGCAGUGUGCCGGUACUGUAGCUGUGUUAUUAGUCGGGGGAAAAAGGGGGAUGUGGGCACCAGUUGUUUGAUGCGGCAUCUGUAUAGACGCCACCCUGAGGUUGUUGGGAACCAGAAGGACUUUCUGGGUGCAAGUUUGGCAAACUCUCCAUAUGCCACUUUAGCUUCUGCAGAAAGCUCCUCCAAAUUAACUGACUUGCCAGCAGUAGUCAGAAAAAACCAUCAAGGUGUGUUUCCUGGUAAUAGCAAGAAGACCUCAAAGCUGUGGAACCACUUUUCUAUUUGCUCUGCAGACUCAACAAAGGUGGUGUGCCUGCACUGUGGCCGGACCAUCAGUAGGGGCAAGAAGCCCACCAACCUGGGUACCAGCUGUCUCUUGAGACAUCUGCAGCGGUUCCAUGGCCAUGUACUCAAGAACGACGUCUCAGAGGCCACUGUGCCCCGAUCUUCAGGCAUCCGGAGGCCUCUGGGCAUGGAGCUUUCAGGGGCUUCCUCUUUCCGUGACUCAACUGAGAAAUUCUAUGACUCUCACCCAGUUGCCAAAAAAAUCACAAGUCUCAUAGCUGAAAUGAUUGCACUUGACCUUCAGCCAUACUCCCUUGUAGACAACAUUGGCUUUAACAGGCUGCUCGAAUACUUGAAACCUCAAUACUCUUUACCCUCCCCUUCCUACUUCUCUAGAACAGCUAUCCCAGGUAUGUAUGACAAUGUGAAGCAGAUAAUUAUGUCACAUCUGAAGGAAGCUGAGAGUGGUGUGGUCCACUUCACCUCCGGAAUAUGGAUGAGUAGCCAGACUCGUGAGUACCUGACCCUUACAGCUCACUGGGUCACCUUCGCAUCUGCUGUCCGACCACAUUGUGAGGACCACCAUUGCUCAGCACUUUUAGAUGUGUCACAGAUCGACUGUGACUAUAGUGGAAACAGCAUUCAGAAGCAGCUGGAGUGUUGGUGGGAAGCUUGGGUGACCUCCAUCGGCCUUCAGAUUGGCAUCACUGUCACUGACAAUCCAAGCAUAGGGAAGAUGCUGAGUGAGGGUGAACACUCAAGUGUGCAAUGCUUCAGCCACACAGUGAAUCUGAUUGUGAGUGAGGCUAUCAAGAGCCAGAGGAUGGUGCAGAACUUACUGAGCAUUGCCCGGAAGCUGUGUGAGCGGGUCCAUCGGUCGCCCCGGGCAAGAGAGAAGCUAGCAGAACUGCAGAAGGAGUAUGAGCUGCCGCAGCAUCAGUUGAUCCAGGAUGUGCCAUCCAAGUGGAGCACAUCAUUCCACAUGCUUGAACGGCUAAUUGAGCAGAAGAGGGCAGUUAACGAGGUGUCUAUUGAGUGUAACUUCAGAGAAUUGAUAAGCUGUGAUCAGUGGGAGGUCAUGCAGUCUGUGUGCCAUGUACUGCGACCAUUUGAUGCUGCAAGCCGAGAGAUGAGCGCCCACAUGUCUACUCUGAGCCAGGUCAUCCCCAUGAUACACAUCCUCAGCAGGAAAGUGGAGAUGCUCUUUGGGGAGACGAUGGGCAUUGACACCAUGCUUAAGUCCCUGAAGGAAGCCAUGGCGAGCCGCCUGUCUGCCACCCUCCACGACCCCAGGUACAUCUUUGCCACACUGCUGGACCCUCGCUACAAAGCUUCCCUGUUCACAGAGGAAGAGGCGGAGCAGUACAGACAAGACUUAAUCAGGGAGCUAGAAAUAUUGAAUUCUACCUCAGAGGACACGGCCACCUCCAAUGGCUGUGACUCAGGGUCCCCACUUAAAGACACUGGCGCAGGGGAGAGCCUGUGGUCACUGGUUGCACCAAUAAAGAGAGAGAAGCUACCCGAAGCCAUGGUGCUUGCAUAUUUGGAGGAAGAGGUGCUGGAACACAGCUGUGACCCACUUACCUACUGGAACCUGAAGCGAUCAUCCUGGCCUGGACUGUCUACCUUAGCAGUCCGAUUUCUGGGCUGCCCCCCAAGUACAGUUCCCUCAGAAAAGCUCUUCAGUACACCCAUGGAGGCUGGCAGCUUUGGGCAGCCCAGGCUUGCAAUGGAGCAUUUUGAAAAGCUCAUCUUUUUAAAAGUGAAUCUCCCCUUGAUAUGUUUUCAGUAUUGAACUCAUGAUGGAGCCACCAGGCUGGAAAUGCGAUUCAGAGUGCUAGUUGUGGUGCCAGGGCUUUUGCCUGGCAGGGCCAUGUAGGACACCAGACCAGGUAUCUGGGGCCACCUGCCAGCUCUCACCGUAAUAUCCACAUGUGCCUUACCCCUCCUUCAGGCCAGGUGUCGAGGUGCGUUUUCAGAACCCCACUAGAAACAGUCUUGGCAAUUAUGAAAUAGGAUGAUCAGGUUUAAUUCAUAACUAUAAAGGUUUUUUUGACUGUUUUUUAGGGCAUAGUAAUUUGUUUUACUAGAGUGGAGGGAAGAUGUAAACAAUUUUAUUAUGUAGGGUUUUUAUUCAGUUGUAUAAAAACCACAAAUCAGGUGCUGUAUUUUAAUUAAAUAUUAUUUUAAUUGCAACAAAACAGCUUUUGUGGCUGUCAGAUGAAACCUGUAAAUAGGAGGUGAAGGUUAAGCCAUCCUGACUGAACAGUUCUUAACCACAGGCUCCAAAGUAUGUCAAGGAGAGAAUAUUCUGGAAACUGUUUACUGUAACAGAAACCAGGCAUUUGAAAACAAUACUGAAUUUAGGCAUAUCAUGGAGUAUCAGUUACGUGGUUAUUUGGUCACGAGAACUUUCCCAUGUCAGGUGUUUGCAUUCAGGUUUUACACGGUCAUUUAACUCAGAGAUAACCCAUUUAUCAUGAAUUCCUUGAAAUUGGAUCCAAGUUUUAAAAUCAUGCUUAGGAUUUCACCAGUGCAUGAUAUGACACGUUUACAGCAGAUGGCCUGUUGAUCAAAUCUCCAUGCCUCUGAUUUAUUUUGCGUCUCUAUACAAUAAAGCUAUCUCAUAAGAAGUGUGCACUGACCCCCCCUCCCGUUUGAUCAGACUAUAGCUCAGAUUCUGCUUUGAGGAGAUAGCUUGUUAACAGGGAAAGCGCUUGUUUAUUGCAGUCGUCAGAAAAGCCUUAGGCAUUUAGAUUUUGUUCCUAUGAUAGGAAGAUUCAGCUAUCACUGGGGUGUUAUUAUAGAAUCCCCAGGAUAUCAAAAUGAAGUAUCAACUGUCAGAUUCUUUUACCAGACUCCAGAGUUUUUGCUUUAAUCUAAAGAAACAAAUUCAUUUUCUCAUUUCAAAUUAGUUAAAUAUUAUGGGUGAGACAAAUCACUCAUUUGCCUCUGACCUUUUGGAAAAAGCUGUUCUUUUGUUGAAAUACUGUACGUAGGCUCAGUCUAAAUUUGUGUGGACUAUGCUUUAGUGUAUUUAUAAAUGAUGAACUUGGAUUCUGAAAUUAAACUUUUUAUUUGCGAUUUUUCUA